AAGUGGGGUCAGUUUUAUGUCGUCGGCUUAUGAGUCUGUGGCUAAGCAAGAAGAAAGAAAGCAAAAAGAAGGCAGAGACUCGAAGCAACUCAAGCACCAACCAACCCCUCCUUAGAUUCUUUCUUCUUCUUCAUCCGCUUCAUACAUUUCUCCUCUCUUCUACAGACCCUCCGAAAAGGGCUUCAAGUUAAUAAGAAGUUGAUCUUCACCCCAGUGAUGUUUUCAUCCAUGGAUCUGUGAUUACAGAGGGAAUCAGAGAAGAGGUUGAUAAAACUGUGGUUAUGAUUGCUGGUGUGGUGGCUAGGUCCAUAGCCCGGUUGAAGCAGGCCAUCAAAAAGCCUGGAACUUUAACUUGGUUGACUGCAUCUUCACGUGAAUAGCCUUGGAGGAAUUCUGUGACACUUUGAAGCAUUCUUCUGUAAAUCCCACUUCAUCAUGUCUGAUCGCGUGCUACAGUCAUAUCAAGAUAGGGAUGAUAUUCCCGUAAAGUCCACGAAGCAGUGCCAGUCUAUUUGGAUUUCUCAUUGGACGCGCGCGAGUUGCAGGAAAGCAAAUGAAGCUUCAAAACAAUUAGGUCAUGAUCCUCCGGAAGUUGGUAAUGGUAACAAAUAUCACAGCUUACUUAGUGGGCCAGAGAUGGAAACUGGUAGUUCUAAAUUUGUCACGGGACUUGGAGAAGUAAACAUGGGGAAAAGGAUCAACGUCAUGAACGAUAACCUUACAAUGAGUCCGAAAAGGUUGAGGAAUGAAAUGUUUGAGGGACAGUCUUCUUUUGCGAUGUUCAAACCUUCUCAAGAUAGGGAGAGUGUUUUAUAUCCGGAGAAUGAUGUGUCCUCUGGCAAUCGUGAAGGAGUCUUAAAGUCACGAAUUGGUACCAAUUCUGAAUAUGAUGUUUCCCUCGGGAGAAAUGAGGAUCACCUACCCUCAAUACCGGCACAGGCUCUUCCUGAGGUGGAAAUUCAAGAAAGAAAAUCUCAGUUUCAGGCUGAAGAUCUCAACUUGGUUCCAGAGCAGCGGGUCAAGUCUAAUAGUUUUCUAGAAAGGAGUAGCAGAGUUGUUUCUGCACAUGUUCAGGAUGAUUUUGUAAGGUCAACCCCAGAUAUUGUGCCAUAUGAAUUUGAAGUUGGAAGGGCUCCAAUUCACCCCUUUUUCUCUAGGUUAGAUCACAUUAAUGAACCAGGCUCUACAUCUUUGGUUCAUGAGAUGAAAAUGAAUAAAAAUGCAGGUCUUCUCUUUCGUGAUCCCUCAACAAGCAAUUAUCAGCGAAGAGAGUCAUUUCACAUGAUGCCAAAUCGUUCUGACUUUGAAUUACUUCCUAGGCAGAUCAGUACCAGAGGUGAUAGCCAAUUAGAAAAAUUAUAUAAUGGAUCAUAUGCACUAUCAACACUGCCCUCCGUUCAUGAUGGGGAGACAAUGAGAAUACGUGCUACAAUAGACUCCAUUGAAGAAUUUUCUAGAGGUCCUCCGACGUACACUCAGACCACUCAUCGCUUUUUCAUAAAAAAAAAGACUGACGUGAACUUACCUGAUAGUGCUCAGAUGUUUAGAGAGUCAGCAAUAUCCACUGAAAUUAAGGGAAAAAUGGUGACUGAACUCCUUGCAAUAUCUCCGGAUUUUGGUUUCCAUGUCAAGCAAGGAGUGAAGCUGCUACCUCUGGACAGCUCCACAGGGAGUGAAGGAAAAGAGAGCACUGGAAAUGUUAAGACUUCUGCAGUUGUUAAGGAGAAUGAUUCAUUAGCUGAAGGAAAAGAAAACACUAAGAAUGCCAAUACUUCUGCUGUCAAUGAAGAGAGUGAUUCAUCUGCUGAAACUGACACCAUGGACAUGGAUGCUUUCUGUGAGAACCAUCUAUCUGGUGUGGCUUCAUUGCAGUCAGAUAAGGUUUGGCAAGGUCACCAGAAAACAUGGAGACAAGCACCUCAAGAAGCCAGAGUUUGGAUGCCAUGCUUCCUUCCCCAUGCCGAGCACUCCACAAAUUCAAAAUCUAGUGAUUGCCCCGACACUCCUGUGAGACUGGACCCCUGCAGCAGAUGGUUUAAGCGUCUCAAAGCAAGUGCUUCCAAAGUUGAAGAAGCAUCAUCCCACCAGAAACUUAAUGCAGAGUUACAGAGGAAUGCUGAAUCCUAUUCAACUGACCCAGAAAGGAAAAUUCAAGAAAUAACACUGUCUCAUGUUUGGGUUCAGAGGUGGUUUCAUAAUCCAUCUGCAUCUCCGAAAAAGAAUCUUGGAGCUGUGGUAGUUUCCAAGCCAGAGAGUUCAGAGGCAGCACUAGACUUCCAGAAGAAGCAGUUUCCUAGCACUGCUGCCAUGGCUCUGAUGGGGAAGGCCAUGAAUGGUUUUUGUCCAUGUGAAUUCAGAAAAAGUGGGUCUUCUGUAGUCUGGAAUACCAAGUGAUUCAGGGACAAGCUUUCUUGAGAAAAUGCUAGGAAUGGAAAGUGAGAUAGGCAGUGCGCAGGAUGUGCUGGUUAUCUUACUGGUUGACAUUAGUGCAGCAAGUUGAAAUCUUUGACGAUCAAUCCUCCAUCAGAUCAAUGGACUGCAGACGAAUUUUGUAUAGCCUGAAUGUUGCUUUGGUAUUUAUCCUGCCUGAAAUUGUUUACAUUGCCUGCUUUCCUCCUAUGAUCAGAAUAGGUAUUGUGGAUGGAACUUGUGUGAGAGAUUUGACAGAGGUCUUGUUUAGGUUGAGAAAGGGGCAGCCCAGCCUCUGCUGCUUUUCGGAGUGCAAAUCUGAGAGGACUUGACCACACUCCAGCAUGCCCCUAUUGAUCCUCCAUAUGUAGUGCCAUGCAAACUGGAGUAAUGCUGUAAUAUCUGGAAUCAGAAGCUAAAAAUAAAAGAUUUAACUGGAGGGGAUUAUACUUCUUCAAACUUAGAUGCUUAAUAA